AUGGCGUGUUGCCUGAAGGACGAGCUCCUGUGCUCCAUCUGUCUCAGCAUCUAUCAGGAUCCGGUUAGCUUUGGCUGUGAACAUUAUUUCUGCCGGAAAUGUAUCACGGAGCAUUGGAGCCGCCAGAAGCACGGGGGGCCCCUGGACUGUCCGGAGUGCCGGAGGAGCUUCUCGGAGCCCACUCUGUCCCCCAGCCUGAAGCUGUCGAAUAUUGUGGAGAGGUACUCGGCCUUCCCCCUGGACGCCAUCCUCAGCGCCCAGCGCAGCUCCUUCCCCUGCAAGGACCACGACAAGGUGAAGCUGUUCUGCCUGACGGACCGAGCCGUGGUCUGCUUCUUCUGUGACGAGCCCUCCCUACACGAGCAGCACCAGGUGACCAACGUGGACGAGGCCUUCGAGGAGCUGCAGCGGGAACUGAAGGAGCAGCUCCAGGCGUUGCAGGAGAGCGCCAAGGGCCACACCGAGGCCCUCCAACUACUGAGACGUCAGCUGGCAGAGACCAAGUCCUCUGCCAAGAGCCUGCGUGCCACCAUCAGCGAGGCCUUCGAGCACCUCCACCGCCUGCUGCGAGAGCGCCAGAAGGCCAUGCUGGAGGAGCUGGAGUCCGACACGGCCCGCACCCUGACCGACAUCGAGCACAAGGUCCAGCGCUACAGCCAGCAGCUGCGCAAGGUGCAGGAGGGGGUGCAGAUCCUACAGGACCGCCUGGCGGAGGGCGACAAACACAACUUCCUGGCGGGGAUCUCAUCGCUGUCUGAGAGGUUGAAGGGGAAGAUUCACGAGACCAAUCUGACCUAUGAAGACUUCCCCACCUCCAAGUACAUGGGGCCCCUGCAGUACACCAUCUGGAAGUCACUCUUCCAGGACAUCCACCCAGUGCCCGCGGCGUUGACGUUGGACCCAGUGACGGCCCACCAGCGCCUGAUCCUAUCAGAUGACUGUACAAUCGUGGCGUACGGUAACUUGCACCCUCAGCCUCUGAUGGACUCUCCGAAGCGCUUUGACGUGGAGGUGUCGGUGUUGGGCUCGCAGGUCUUCGAUGGAGGCGUGCACUACUGGGAGGUGGUGGUCUCCGACAAGACGCAGUGGAUGAUAGGACUGGCCCACGAAGCCGUGAGCCGCAAGGGAAGUAUCCAGAUCCAACCCGGAAAAGGCUUCUACUGCAUCGUGAUGCAUGAUGGGAACCGGUACAGCGCCUGCACCGAGCCCUGGACCCGGCUCAACGUCAAGAGCAAGUUGGAGAAGGUGGGCGUCUACCUGGACUAUGAUAAGGGUCUUCUCAUCUUCUACAACGCCGACGACAUGUCCUGGCUCUACACCUUCCGUGAGAAAUUCCCUGGAAGACUGUGUUCAUAUUUCAGUCCUGGCCAGAGCCACGCCAACGGCAAGAAUGUACAACCGCUACGCAUUAACACGGUGCGAAUAUAG